AUGGCCACCAUUCUUCAGACAAGAUAUCUGGGUGAAGUUCGAGGCAAGAGUCACGACGGUGUGAGUCAGUUUCUGGGCAUUCGAUACGCUACUCUCAACGACAGAUUCGCAGACGCGGAACUCAUAGAGCAGCGUGAAGGUAGUAUCGUCGACGCGAGCAAGGAUGGUCCAACUGCUUUGUCUCCUUCGUUCGGGUGUGACUUGGAGCUCGGCCACAUUCAGCAUAUCCUUCCAAAGAAAGAGCUUCCUCAAUCGGACUUGAACUGUCUCAACCUGAAUAUCACCGUUCCGGCGGGCACAACAGGGACCUCCAAACUUCCAGUCUUUCUCUUCAUUCACGGCGGAGGGCUGGUGCUUGGAGCUAACUCCUGGCCACAAUUCGAUUACGCACGAUCAGAAGUGGCCAUGAGAUGGGUGCAAAAACACAUUGCCGAUUUCGGUGGAGAUCCUGAUAAUGUGACACUUGCCGGGAUGAGCGCUGGAGGUGCGUGUGUAACGUAUCACCUUGACUCUGACGAGCAACUCUUUAAGCGGGCUAUUGUGAUGAGUGGUACAUGUCUACUCAUCCAACCCUUGCCUUACGAUUUACAUGAGCAGAACUACCGGCAAGCCAUUGCAGCAUUAGGACUGGCCGAUGCCAGUUCAGAGGAUAGAAUCAAAACUCUUCUGGAAACACCGGGUGAGGCCUUGGUCGCGAAAAUCCCUCCAACUGUUCUAGCAGUUCCUGCAAUUGAUGGGGACAUUGUGUCCUCGGCCGUUACCUAUGCGCAGGUAGCUGAUAAAGGGUCUAACUUUCCCCGCGGAAAGAAGUGGUCCGAAGAUCUAAUGAUUGGCUACGCUCAGAUGGAUGCUAGUAUCAUGGCGUUUUUGAUGUCACAUACGAAGAAAGACUGUGCAAGCAAGUUUGUUACCGCACUGAACACCAUACUUGCAUCUAAAUCGGAUGUUUCGCAACAAACCUUGAACAAGUACAACAUCACAGAGGACAUGACAGACGACGAGGCCUUCCCGGCUAUUCUCAACUACAUAAAUGACAUUGCUUUCUUUGCUCCGGUUCUGACGUUUGCAAAGGGCUGGAAAAACAAUGUAUACGUCUAUCACUUCAACGAAGGGAACCCAUGGGACGGACCUUGGAAAGAUCGAGCGAGUCAUAUCAUUGACUUAGCCUACCUGUUCCAGAACUUCCGAGAGUUUAUGGGGCCAGACCAGCAGCAACUUGCAAUCACCUUCGCCGAGGACUUCUUUAAAUUCUGCCAUGGCGUGAAGCCAUGGCCGGCCGUUGCCCAGAAUGAUGUAGAAGCUGGCUUCACGGCACGAGUCUACGGUCCUGCACCCAAUGUCGGGCAAGUGAACGGGCUGUACAACGAGGGAAGUUUGCGAAGAAGUGUUCUCUUCGACCACACUGACAAAGCGUCGCUAGAUGAGUUUGCAAAGCCCAAGGUCGAGUCAUGA